AUGCCUGAAGUUACCAUCACCGGCUGGACCACCAGGGACGUCCGUUUCCCGACGUCCUUGGACAAGACUGGUUCAGAUGCCAUGAACGCUGCGGGUGAUUACUCCUCGGCGUACUGUAUCUUGCAGACCGACUCCGAGUUCAGCGGUCACGGAAUGACCUUCACCAUUGGCCGUGGCAACGACAUUGUCUGUGCUGCCAUCGAUCACGUCGCAGAUCGUAUCAAGGGCCGCACUCUGUCCUCUCUCGUCGAGAACUGGGGCAAGACAUGGCGCCACUUGGUGAACGACAGCCAGCUGCGCUGGAUCGGCCCUGAGAAGGGUGUCAUCCACCUGGCUCUCGGUGCUGUGGUCAACGCCAUCUGGGACCUGUGGGCCAAGACCCUGGGCAAGCCCGUCUGGCGAAUCGUGGCCGACUUCACCCCCGAGGAGUUCGUGCGAUGCAUUGACUUCCGCUACAUCACCGACGCCAUCACCCCUGAGGAGGCCGUUGCCCUGCUCAAGGAGUCCGAGGUUGGCAAGGAACAGCGCAUCCAGGAUGCGCUGAACAGCCGUGCUGUGCCUGCUUACACCACCAGUGCCGGCUGGCUCGGUUACGGAGAGGACAAGAUGAAGGCGCUCCUCAAGGAGACACUGGCCAACGGCUACAAGUACUUCAAGCUCAAGGUCGGUGGCAACCUGGAGCAGGACAAGCAUCGUCUGUCCAUUGCCCGUGAGGUCAUCGGCUACGACCAGGGCAACACCCUCAUGGUCGACGCCAACCAGGUCUGGAGUGUCCCCGAGGCAAUUGAGUACAUGAAGAACCUCAAGGAGUUCAAGCCCUGGUUCAUCGAGGAGCCCACGUCCCCCGAUGACAUUCUCGGCCACAAAGCCAUCAGAGAGGCACUGAAGCCCUACGGUAUCGGUGUCGCCACCGGUGAAAUGUGCCAGAACCGUGUCAUCUUCAAGCAGCUGCUCGUCUCCGGCGCCAUCGACGUCUGCCAGAUCGACGCCUGCCGCAUGGGCGGUGUGAACGAGGUGCUGGCCGUCCUGCUCAUCGCCAAGAAGGUCGGUGUCCCAAUCGUGCCCCACUCCGGUGGCGUCGGUCUGCCCGAGUACACCCAGCACUUGAGCACCAUCGACUACGUCAACGUCAGCGGCAAGCUCUCGGUCCUGGAGUACGUCGACCACUUGCACGAGCACUUCUUGCACCCCUCCGUCAUCAAGGAUGGUUACUACCAGACUCCCACAGAGCCUGGUUACAGCGUCGAGAUGAAGGCAGACAGCAUGGACCAGUUCUCUUACCCUGGUAAGGAGGGUGUGAGCUGGUGGAAGAGCGACGAGGCCAAGCCCAUCCUGGAGGGCGAGAAGUACUAG